UGCUGGCAUUAGAUUAAUCUCUCUCUCGCUCAGCUGAUAUCUGCAGUACAGUAUGUUUAGUGUUUGUUAGUGUUCCUCAACUGUAUUAUAGUGUGUGUGUCAAAACUAUGUCUUCCUCAAAUGUUGAGUUUUGGAAACUUGGAAAGAAGAUAGCAGGAGCUGGUCUUAACUACAGAGCUCUUUGCGCUGAAAGAAAACUUCCACUACCAAAAUCUCCAGUGAUAUUCUUGAAACCUACAUCUUCUUACAUUUUGGAAGGACAGACCAUUGAGAUUCCGAAAGAGUUUGCAGUCAAUGAAGAGAUAGAGUUGGGAGUCCUGAUAGGCAAGAACUGCAAGAACGUAAAGCCUUCAGAAGUGCUGGACCACGUGGCGGGCUACUGCCUUGCUCUGGACCUCACUGCUACCAGCUUUCUGGACGAAGCCAGACCGAAAGGUCUCCCAUGGACGAUUGGGAAGGGCUUUGACACAGCAUGCCCCGUAAGCCAGUUCAUCCCCAAGCAGGCAAUCCCAAAUCCCGACAACGUCCACUUAUGGUGUCGUGUUAACGGCGAGAUAAAGCAGGACGCCAACACUUCGGACAUGAUAUUCCCCGUGGGAGAGUUGAUCAGCUACAUCUCGCAGUACAUGACCCUGGAGCCCUAUGACCUUAUACUGACUGGGUCUUCUCGUGGAGUCUGUCAGAUCAAACCUGGAGACGUCGUAGAGGGAGGGCUGGAAAACCUCGUCAAUUUCAAGUUUCCAGUCAAAUCUGUAUGAGAUGCUAAAAUAACAAUUUUGCCACAGUCCUGUUCCAUUUUAAAUUAAGUGAUCUUUUAAUAUGUAUAGCUGCAGCAGUAAAGGCUUUCUUAAAACACUAAA